CCGUCAACAUGCAUUCACAAUAAAAACCAAAGGAUUCCAAAUAUAACCGGAAGUGGAAUUACUGAAUUUUGAGACUUUAUUUUUAUGAUAUUAUACAGCCUUUCCAUCAAAAUAGAGUAUCAAAUUGAUGUUAAACAAUGGAAACAUUAAUUGAUGAUGCCCUUGUUUCAAAGGCACCACCAUCACUGUACUAUAUCCCAGAAUUUAUAAGCAAAGAAGAAGAAGCCUACCUGCUCAAACAAGUAUAUGAUGCUCCUAAACCAAAGUGGACACAGUUGUCAAACAGACGGCUGCAAAAUUGGGGUGGUUUACCACACCCGAAAGGAAUGAUACCAGAAGAUCUUCCACAGUGGUUAAAAGUUUAUGCUGAAAAGAUUGCAGGUCUUGGUUUGUUUGAGGAUAAAGUACCAAACCACGUUCUAGUAAAUGAGUACUUGCCAGGACAAGGUAUCAUGCCUCAUGAAGAUGGGCCUCUAUAUUAUCCAACAGUAUCAACAAUAAGCCUAGGAUCACACACACUGCUGGAUUUCUACCGUCCUAUCACAGAUACACAGUCAGAUGAUAAUACAAACAUAGAUUUAGAGGUGUCCAAGACAUCUUUCGAAGACCGUUUUUUGUGUUCAAUGUUAUUAGAACGAAGAAGUUUAAUCUUGGUCAGGGAUGAUAUGUAUAAGGUCAAUCUUCAUGGUAUAGCUGAAAGGAAGGAGGAUAUUAUAUCAGACAAUGUUGUGAAUGUGUAUAAAUGUGACGGUGUUCAAACAGGUGAUAAACUUGAACGGACAACUCGUGUAUCGUUAACUAUAAGAUACGUUCCUAAAAUACUUAAAGCAAAGUUGUUUUUAGGAAAGAAAAGGUGACAGUGUCACUGUGUAAGGAUUUAUCAUAUCCUUUUAACAAUUAAUAAAUAAUUAUCUAUUCCACGAGAUUUAUCAACCUCUUAUGUGGUUAAACAUCUCUUUAUCAAGGAGUUUGCUGUUUAUUUUAUAAAUCACAUAUUUUACCUCUUUUUAAAUGGUGUAAGAAAAAAAAAAGGGAUUAAUAUGCGAUUUAAAACACUUUGUGGAAUAGAUAGUAAUUAACAAAAGUAUAACUUGGGUUACUGAUAAAUAUCAGUCAUGUAUAACCUUUUCAGGAGCAAAAUAACUCCUUCCUUCCGCAUUGUUCAGUUUUUCUUACAGAUUUUACAAAAGGUUUAUAAGAAAAUACCAGAUUGUAAUAUUAUGCAGGCUUGUGGGGAAACAAUUUUACACAAUGUAUUCAAAUUAUACAACCCAUCAGAAUAGAACACUCGUGCAAUCUCCUUAUGUGAUUAAUAACUGUUCAAGAUCAUGGAUCUAAGUAUAUUUAUUUUUCUUUAUUUUUCUGUUUUAUUUUAAGAAAAAUAAAGAUAAAAAUGAAAGAAAGUCAAAUUUUAUUUUUGAAAAUGAUGCUUGUGUGUGUUAUGUACAAUACAUGUAUUUGUAUUCAUAUAUGAUUAUUAUUAUAUAUGACUAUUAUAAGAUGAUGACUAUGUUCACAUAGUUUUUUUUUACCCACAAUCAUAUUCUAUUAUACAUUUAUUAACGUUCCUUCGGAAACAUUCUAACACGGUCCGAAAUAUUUCUCAUCUCAUGUAAACCAAGUAAUUAUACUUAUUUGUAGCUGAGGGAUUGCCUUUUAUGGUUGAGACAUAAGAAUUGUAGCCACCAUUUUUCCCUGUGUGAUUGUAAGAGAUUACUGAGUGGGUUCUAAACUGGAGUCUAUGCAUCUCUUAGCUUCAGCAGCUGAGGUGGUUUUGACCCUUGUUGUUGCUUUGAAGUUUGUAACACUCCAGGUUAGCAAAAGUCAUCUUUCCUGUUUCGGCGCCUAUACUGGGUUGGUGCGCCAUAAAACCAAACAAACAGAACCAAGUUAUUAUCACUGCUAUCACUCUAACCCUUGACUGUUGAAUGUCUGUUAUCAAAAUGCCCUGCUUUAGAUUGGGAAGAGAUCAUUUGAGGUCUAAGCGAUUUCAUUAUCAAAAUACAUGUACAAAUCAAAAUUUGAGCUACCAAUAGCAUAAAGCCUGGCAGAUUACAUGGAUGUGCAGAUGUGCAGGCAGACCUGGCUCUAUACUGUUGACAAAGGCUUCUAGUAAUCACUUUUUAUUCCAGCAAAUCAAUGGUUAUCACAGCCUCACAUGGGAAAUUGUAAAAGCCUAUUAUAAUUUUAUGAUUUAUAUUUGAU